AUGGGUAUCAGCCGUGAUUCUCGCCACAAGCGCAGCGCUACCGGUGCUAGACGUGAUCAGUACAGAAAGAAGAGAAAGUUCGAGUUGGGUCGUCAACCCGCCAGCACCAAGGUUGGUAGCAAGCGUAUUCACUUGGUCCGCGUCCGCGGUGGUAACUACAAGAAGCGUGCUCUUCGUCUUGAAGCCGGUAACUUCUCGUGGGGUUCCGAAGGCGUUUCUCGCAAGACCCGUGUCUUGACCGUUGUCUACAACGCCUCCAACAACGAAUUGGUCCGUACCAACACUCUCGUCAAGGGUGCCAUCAUCCAGAUCGAUGCCACUCCUUUCCGUCAGUGGUACGAAUCUCACUACGCUCUUCCCCUCGGUAAGAAGAAGGCCAAGACCACUGAAACUGAGACCAAGGAAGAGAAGAAGUCCAACAGCGUCCAAAAGAAGCUCCAGGCUCGUCAGACCAAGGCUGCCGUUGAUCCUCUUUUGGAUGAUCAGUUCGCUGCUGGUCGUCUCUAUGCCAUCAUUGCUUCCCGUCCUGGUCAAUCUGGCCGUUGCGACGGUUAUAUCCUUGAAGGCAAGGAGCUUGAAUUCUACAUCAAGAAGAUCAAGGUAAAAUAA